UCGUCUUUGAGACUGAUAUUGUUGGACGCUUUGAAACUCGCUCACUUACUCGAUUGCCGGCUUGGUGUGUUGUGUUGUGUAGUUGAGAGUCCCGAGUCAUCGAUGGCAUCGUUCAAGUCUGUGUUGGGUUUGUUGUUGUUGCUGCUGUUCGUCUGGUUAGGUGAGAGCAGGCACAUUGAUACACGUUACACUCGAUCAAUACCAAGUAUUUGCUUGAUGCCGCCGCCACGUGCUGAUGGCAUUUGCACCAUCGAGAUCGAUGGCUUCUACUUUGAUCCUGCCACAGGAAACUGUGAGGAGUACACGAUCAGUGCCUGCCAUGUGACGCCUGGGCAAAGCUUUGGCAACCAACAGGAUUGCAUUGUAAAGUGUGUGCGCGGUCAACGUCACAAUCGCGAAUACUAUCGCAAUGAAUGAAAAAACAGAUCGUUGUGAUGCGAUUAUCGAAUAAACAAAACAAUCUCACAGCACA